UACAUGCGCCUGUUAUUGCACCCAAAGCUUUUCUGCAACCAAGUCAAGAAGAUAUUGAAAUAUAUGGACCAAAUACAAAAAUGAUCCAGUUCCAAAAGGGGGACAGCGUUGGUAUGCGUCUUGCUGGUGGUAAUGAUGUUGGUAUCUAUGUUGCUGGUGUUCAGGAAGGCAGUGCGGCUGAGCAGGAAGGUCUACAGGAGGGAGAUCAAUUGCUUAAGGUAAACUCACAGGAUUUCAGGUGCAUUGUAAGAGAAGAUGCAGUUCUUUAUUUGUUGGAAAUUCCAAAAGGAGAAGAAGUAACAAUUCUCACCCAAAGCAGAUUUGAUGUGUACAAAAACAUACUUGCCUGUGGCCGAGGAGAUUCGUUCUUCAUAAGGACCCAUUUUGAAUAUGAAAAAGAAGCUUUACAGUUCUUAAAUUUCACUAGAGGGGAAAUUUUUAGAGUUGUAGAUACCCUUUAUGAUGGAAAGCUUGGCAGCUGGCUGGCUGUAAGGAUUGCCAACGAGUUGGAAAAGGGCAUUAUACCAAGUAAAAGCAGAGCCGACCAACUAGCCAGUGUACAGAAUGCUCAGCGAGGUACAGCUGGGGACAGAGCAGACUUCUGGAAAAACCGGGCACAGCGUUCAGGGGCUAAAAAGAAUGCAAGGAAGAGUCGUGAGGAUCUGUCAACUAUAGCUGUGGUCAGCACAAAGUUCCCGUCUUAUGAACGGGUGCUGCUUCGAGAAGGUGAAGUUAGCUUCAGAUCUGCCAAUUGCUUACACACCAGUACUGUGGUAGGAUUGGUCAGAACUAGGGGUUCAAAGGGGAUUCAUUAUUUUAUAUUAAAGGGACAUUAAACACUUUGAGAUGGU